UCCCUCCUCUCGGGCUCGUGCUCCCGCAUCCAGCGUCGGAAGAUGUGGGGAAGAUGGCGGAGCUGCAGAUGUUGCUGGAGGAGGAGAUCCCCGCGGGCCGCCGAGCGCUGCUGGACAGUUACCACAACCUGGACCGAGUUGCCGAGUACUGCGAGAGCAACUACGUCCAGGCAGCAGAUAAACAGCGAGCUCUGGAGGAAACCAAAGCCUACACAACCCAGUCCUUAGCAAGUGUGGCCUACUUGAUUAACACAUUAGCGAAUAAUGUGCUCCAGAUGCUGGACAUUCAGGCAUCCCAGCUCCGACGCAUGGAGUCGUCAAUCAACCAUAUCUCACAGACUGUGGACAUACACAAGGAAAAAGUUGCCAGAAGAGAAAUUGGUAUCUUGACGACCAACAAAAACACCUCCAGAACACAUAAAAUUAUUGCCCCAUCCAACCCUGAGAGGCCUGUUAGAUACAUCAGGAAGCCGAUUGAUUACGCCAUCUUGGAUGACAUCGGUCAUGGAGUGAAGUGGUUGCUUAGAUUUAAGGUUAGCACACAAAAUAUGAAGAUGGGUGGACUUCCACGUAGCACCCCACCCACACAGAAACCGCCCAGCCCCCCAGUGUCGGGGAAGGGCACCCUCGGUCGACAUUCUCCUUAUCGGACACUGGAGCCCGUGCGCCCUCCGGUGGUGCCAAAUGACUAUGUACCGAGUCCAACUCGCAACAUGAGCUCCUCACAGCAACAAAGUCCAGUGCGGACAGCUUCUGUAAAUCAGAGAACAAGGACAUACAGUAGCAGUGGAAGCAGUGGGGGAAGCCACCCAAGCAGCCGCAGUAGCAGCAGAGAGAACAGUGGCAGCGGGAGUGUUGGAGUCCCCAUUGCUGUGCCGACCCCUUCUCCACCUAGUGUGUAUCCAGGCUCGGCUGGUACCCCUCCACUCCCCACUACCCCUAAUCCCACUCCAACCCCUGUUCCUGUUGCUCCUGCCUCUGCUCCAGUGCCUGCUUCAACUCAAGGUCCUGUUCCCUCUGCAACCCCUGCCCAUGUUCCAAUACUGACCCCAGACUCCAUAGCAGGAGCUCAGCCCUUUGCUGAUGGCUUCAUAACACCAUGUCUCCCUGCUGUCUCUUCCACUCCUACUGCAGGGCAUACCACCCAGUUCUACAGCAUGAAUCGACCAGCGCAACGGCAGAACCCUGCCACUAUUGGGGGUUCUCUACCUGGCUACAGGCGCCCUCCUUCCUUGGCCUCACAGGCGAGUCUCCAGAAUCAAGUCAACGGAGGGCCAUACGACUGUCAGAACCAGGCAACUGAAUCUGGAGCGCCCCUCGCUCCGCCGCCACCUUCUAUCCUGCAGGUUACACCGCAGCUACCAUUGAUGGGCUUCGUGGCCAGAGUUCAGGACAAUAUUUCAGAUGGCUCCAACCCUCCUCCACCUCCGCCAGCUGAUAAUGUAGUAUUCGAUGAGUCACCUCCGCCACCCCCACCACCAGAGGAUUAUGAGGAAGAAGAGACGGCUGUUGUGGAGUACAGUGACCCAUAUGCAGAGGAAGAUCCACCCUGGGCACCCAAGAACUAUUUAGAGAAAGUGGUUGCUAUCUACGACUAUUCAAAAGACAAAGAGGAUGAAUUGUCUUUCCAAGAGGGUGCCAUCAUUUAUGUGCUGAAGAAAAAUGAUGACGGCUGGUACGAAGGAGUGAUGAAUGGAGUGACUGGUCUAUUCCCUGGCAAUUACGUGGAAUCCAUCAUGCACUAUGCAGAGUGAGGUGCUAAAGGCUGCCUCCCGCAGAUGCCACCUUCUUGCUGGUGUACCCUCGCACUCUGACUUCCUAUAAUGCUCGGACAUGCACAAGCUGAAAAUGAAGGAUUCAAGUAUACGACAUACACAAUAUAUACAUUAUUGAACCAGGAUGGAGCAAAGUGGCAAUGUCUUUUGAGAAGUGCUUAUUCCCAUAUAAGCACUGGUGACUGUUGUGAAACAAGCUUUCUGCACACACUUGCACACAACCAAGCACGCGCACACACAUGUACAUUUCAUGCUGUCACUCCUACUCCUAAACACACACUUUUGUGCGCUCUCCCACGAUCAUGCGCUCUUUCCCACUCUCCCUUGCUUUUGUGCUCUCUCUUCCCUUCUCAGUCACUGUCUCCCAUUCUCGCUCUUUCUCUGCUUUUACAUGUGCUCUCUCUCCUCCACUCCCGCACGACUCUCUCCACACUUUGCCCUCGCUCCCUCGUCCCGUUGCAUUCUCUCGCCCCCCUCUGCACUCGCCCUUUCUCGACCCCUCGCACUCGCUCUCUCCGGCGCUCACUCUCUGUCCCCUCCCCCCCCUCUCCUGCUCGAUCCCUCUCUCGCGCUCGCUCUCACCCCCUAGCGUUCGCGCUCACUCCCACCCCCUCGUGCUCGUCCUCUGUCCACACACUGUCAUAAUAUCACCCACUUAAUCAUGCAAUACAGUCAUAACUGGUGUUAAGGGUUGACCGAUACCACCAUUACUACAGGGCAAGUACCUUGCCAGAUAAUGGCCCGGACAAGCUGAAUCUGUGGUACUGCAGGAUUAUCAAUUUAGCUAUUUUCUUUCCCAUUUUGUAAGGACACUCUCAAAAUAGCAAUCCAGCAAGGCUCAACAAAAGCACGAAUUGGAAGCAGUUAUAUCUAUGAUAGUACUAAUUUAUGCAGCAGCCUUACAGAAUGUGCUGCUCAAGUCUUGGUCCUUGCUUCACCUGGCAGUGUGGGAAUGACAUUUCAUUAAAGCCUGUAUCUAAGAAGCAGAUGCAAGGACAAUUCUGAUUUAUGCCCUUGCAAAUUGGAAAGGUUAAGAGGUGAAAGCCUCUUGGGUGGGAUAAUCUAAGUGGACUGCAUAACAGUCACUGCAUAACAGUCACAUACAGUGUAGUUAAGACUGGUCAAUCACUAGAAAGCACUCAGAUAUUAUUGAUGGGAACAGAGCUAUUGCUGUAUAACACUAUGGUACAUAACUGAAUGUUGUCCAACAAGAGUUUCAUGAUAGAAUACAGUACUAAUGGUGUUAAGCAAUAUAGAAAUUUCAGGAGUAUGACGAAUGGCAAGCAUAUUACACAGUAUUAUAGUAUUUAAGUUUAAUAAUUUCUCCAAUUGUAUAGUGGUCAAGUAUGUUUAAGAAUGUUGGAAGCAGCAGGUUCAAAAUAUUUUGGUUGUUUCCUCACCUCUUCCCAUAAUUUGUUGAACAAUAUUCUUGAUCCUAAUUGAUCACAGAUUAAAUACAUUUGAUGAAGAUUAAUCAACGAAUGCUUGAGAUUUUAAGUUGUUCUGGUAUGACUUUUAGACAUUACAAAUCUGGACCAGGGGAAUGGUGGGUGGAAGUGGGAAGGGAGUUAAGAAAGAUGCCAAGUUUAUACCCAGGCUACUUGGAUGUGGUUAUUUAAGAUACUGUUCUGUGUUAAUUGGUUAUUGAAUUGAGGGUUGAUCUAUAUUCUUCUCACAUCUACACUGCUGAAAUUGGAAAAGGUCCAGUCCCAUUGAACUCCCCGAGACUUUAUAUUGAACCUUUCCCUUGAUGAAAUACUUGGAUUCUAUGGUGAACAAAAAUUGGGUACCUAAUGAGUGAUGGAGCAGCAAAUGGAUUGGAAAAUGGUAAAGAAAGUGUUAAAUUCAGUCUGUGUGAUCAGCUAUAUUCAACUUAGAGUUGCUACUAUUGAACAGUAUUGAGUAAACUCUGGUGGAAAGUGUGCACUUGUCUUGACGAUCUGGAUUCGUGCAUGACAAGUGAAACCAAAGACAUCUGAACCUAGUGGAAAGUAUUGUCACAAGAUGGCAAAGAUUGUUGGAAGUAGAAAAUAAGAUAGCUGGUAAAAGCAAAUAGCUACAAGCAAAAGUCCUUGUUAAAGAAAGGAUAUAUAUCAAGGUCCACAGAGCAGCUAUUAUACAUAUUAGUUUCAAAAUCUCACGUGACAGCAACUAAUUGAAGAUUGGGAACUGGGGUUUUAAACUUUUUUAUUGAGUUUUUCUUGCUAUUGGAUGGGAUUGGUGAACAGAUUGUUGGAAGCAAAACAUCGAUUUGUACCACUGUUGGGUGGCCAGUACAGUUAGUUGUUUACUGCUAGCAUUACAUUUGUAGUGAUUUAAUUUGUAAUUAAUUCGUAAUUUGUGGUAACACUAUUCCUUAUGGCAGUGCUGGUUGUCCAGAGUUGUCAUCAUGGCCGUGAAGUCUUCAGGAAAUCCACCCGUUGCUGUGAGCGGCCCAAGGGAAAUAGCGAGUAUUUAACCAAAUUAAUUUUUAUUCCAUCUGCAUGAAAUAUUAAAGAUCAUCAGACUCCAUUUCACUACCUUCAAACUCAUCCAGUUUAAUAUCACAAAGCCAGUUAUUUCUUUUUCCAGUUGGCAUAGGUUUAGGCAACAUUUCCAGAAGAUGGGACAAUGGCGAUGAUGAUGGUGCAGGGCAGUUGGGAAUGGGCGAUGAAAGUCCAGGAUUGUAUGAAGCCAAAGAUGGAGGGUUUUUUUCUAAUUCUAGCAAUGUAUGGUACUGAUGACAAUACAGAAUAUAUGUAAUUAAUAAUAAAACACAGUUAUCAAGCGUUCAAAUUGUGAUCUCACAGUCCAAACAGUUCAGUUUCUCUGAAAUUGGCACAAACUUCUUCUGGCUUUAGCUAAUUGUCUUGCCUUCUUGACACCUUGAAUCACAAAUUUGAGUUCAAACCCAAAUCUCGAGCUCAUAAUCUGCAUUGAUGAUUUAAAUGAGGGAAUGGUUUGUCAAAUUUUGGAAAAACUGGUCAAAUUUUGGAUAAACUAUUUGGGUGGAAAUAUACAAGAAACACCUUAACCACAAGGCGAUAGUUAAUAUUCUGGCAGUAAAAAUUUGAUGAACUGAAGUUUGUUCAUCUAAACUGACUGCAACAUGACCUUAAUUUCCAAAAUUGUUGUAAAUUUUAAACUUAUUUUGUGCUAUGAGGUCCAUAAAUCAAUCAAUCUUUAAAAUAGAAAGGCUACAACUUUCAUGUGGCAAUGGCAUUGUAUGUCUAUGCCUGUCGAGCACACACUACUAGCUGCAGUUAUAAAUUUGGGCAGGGUACUUUAUUUAUACAUGGCCUCUUUGUCCUGGAUAUAAAAACCUUUAAAGAAAUAAAACUGCCUGAAGAUGUGGAACUUCUGAAAAGUCCAAUAUUUUAGAGUGAAUGUGGGUCACUGCCCUUGUAGUACUGUCCUCUCGCUGUAUCGGUCGACCCUUGAGUUUCAUUGCUUAUUAUGCAGUACUAAUGCGUGUCCUCACUGGUUUUAUGAAUCAUUUUGUAAGAUUUAAGCCCUCUCUUGGGUUGGUGAAGAUGUGUAAAGAAUACUGACUAGAGCUUGAUAUACAAGAAUCUGUGUCUGUAAUGUUUGAAUAGACUGCAUGCUAUAUUCCCUGCCCUGGAUCUUGCUUUAAUUCCUCCCAUCAUCGUCCCUUUAAAGCUAAAUUUUGUCAUUUCUUUCUGGGGGUGGGAUAGGAAUGUUUAUCUGUCCACUCUGGCAAUGAAAUGACAGAGCACCACCAACAAGGGACAUUACAUGUUGUCCCCUUCACUAUACCACCAAAAUGCCCCUUCAAUGUACUGCCAAAUGCAUUUUACUACACUGCCAAGUGCUCCCUUUAAAACAUCAUCAAAUUCCCCUUUCAUUGAAAUGCACACACAUUCCAAGGCAAUAAUCUAAACGGAAGCUGCAAUUAUUAACUGAUUUUUUAUGUUUUCCACGCAGCACUGAUUUCAUAUUUGAGUGAGCAUUUGGUCUCAUUCCUUAUUUUUUUUUUUUUUUCCCCAAAUUUCUCCCCUCCUUUCUCCCCCCCCCCCCCUUUCCAAAUUGAACAGCUGGUGUUUGCUUCUAACUUUUCUGUAUUGUGUGACUUGGCUGCUUUGAAAAGUCCUCCUUUGGUAGAGAAUAUGAUAAUGGGUCAUAGUUUUAAAUGGUAAGGGAUUGAAAGAUGUCAGUGUCAGAGGAACCUGGGUCUCCUUGUGCAGGUUCAGCAAGCAAAUAUGAAGGCAAAAAGGUAUGUUGAUGAUGUGAAUGUGUCGUUACUUCUUUCUCCAAUUAUGUAGAGCGCUGGUGAGACCGCAUCAGUUAUAUUGUGUGCAGGCCUGAUCUGCUAAAGAUAUGUUUGCGAAAGAGCACAAUGAAGAUUUGCCAGAGAGAUUUCCCAGGAUGGAGGGUUGUCUUGGGAGGAAAUAUUGUGACUGUGCCUGUAUUCAGAAAUUAAAAGGAGAGUUGACCUAAAUACUCUUACAAGACUGGAACGCUGUGCAAUCAAUGUUUCCUUUGCAGAAGUGUCUGAAACAAAGCAUCGUAAACUCAAAGUAAGGUUCAGCCAUUUAGUGUAGAGAUGAAAGGAGAAGAUUAGUUGUGGUCUUAAUGAAUGAUGGGGUGGGUCAGAUGGGAUAAAUAGCAUACAGGUACUUUUGAUGUUCUUAAAGAUCACGUGUACCAGGUUAUCAGUUCAGUGCCACUUUUUGAUUUGUUCUUUACUCUGCAAACAUGCUGCUCCAAGAGUUGUUUAUUUUGUUGCCUGAAGAUGGGUGACUAGGAUCUUAUAGGUUGUGGUAUUGAGAUUUUCAGUCUUGAGAUCACUGAUGUCAGUCUGAAACCAAUCCCUACAUAAACACUGUAAGGCAGGGGUGACCAGCCUUUAGACUGUGGGCCACAUCAGAAACAGGAAUCUCCAUGUCUUGGGGGUUGGGAACCCAUCUCUGCAGAACUUGGGGCUUUCCAUUAUAUGUGCCUUGUGUGUUAAAUUGGCUAUAUGUCUGAUGAGCAACGUUAGUGAAUGCAGUAAACUGAUAAUGUUGCAUCAGAUAUGUCCAAACUUGUGAUCUUGGAAAUCUAUUCCGAUUUGGGAAGAUGACUACUGAUCAUAAUUGUUGCUUGAACGUCUGGGUACAUGACGCACCAGUACACAGGGACUGCAGAGUGAUAAUCAAGUGGUGCUCAUUUGACACCACUUAUGCAAAAUUCUGCAACAUGUGAAGUUUGCAAGAAUGCAGAAGCAGAUCUUCACCAGAGGAUUGAGGUCUGUUUUGUUCUCAGUUAUGGUGCGGUUAGGAGAACUAGAGGUUGAUGGCUCUAGCUUGCCUAAUUUAUCCAGACCUCUGGUCUUUCUCUCUCAUUCUUUCUACCCAUUUUCUCUCUCUGUCUCUGUGUGUCUCUCUCUCUCUCUCUCUCUCUCUCUCUCUCUCUCUCUCUCUCUCUCUCUCUCUCUCUCUCUCUCUCUCUCUCUCUAUCUGUCUCAUGGAUCUGUAAUUAGUUAUAUGCAAAGCAACAGUCUAGCUCAAACUGUCAUUUACUUGAAGAUUUUCUCAUUUCAAAAAUAAAUAUGCCAAAAGUAAAUAUGCCACUGACAUCCUACAGAUGGGAGCCUUUCAUAGUCACUCCCAAUUGGUCACAUUGGAGAGCAAGACUGAGGAUACAGAACUUUACUGUUCUCUCCCAGGUAUCCUUUCAGCUUAUCUUUAACGUCAUGCUGGUAAGCGCAUGUGCAUAUGUUAGUAAUUAGUCACUGCCAUGAGGCUCUUUGCAAUUGACUGGCCUAACUGGUACACAGUUGGACCAGUGACCUCAAGCACUGCAGAGGGUCGGGUCUCCAUGCAAGGAGCUACUUUAGCAAUCACCAUGUACCUGGAAUGAACAUAACACAUCCCCUGAAUCUAUAGAAACAAGGAACUGCAGAUGCUGGUUUACAAAAGAAGACACAAAAUACUGGAGUAAACUGCAGCUCAGGCAGCCUCUCUGGAGAAUAUGGAUAGGUGAUACUUCGGGUCUAACCCAACCUAGGUAUGGGUUAGGUUCUAGGUAUGAACAUUAAAUUCUCCAAUUUUAGGUAACUACAUACCCCUCACCUCUUCCCCUAUAAACCCCCCAUGACCCACCUAGACGUGCACUCUAGACUUCCUCUCGCUUCAUAAUUUGCAACUCUUCAAUUGUUUUGUUACUCACCUGUUGUUUCAUCUCUGGCCUUUGACCAACCAUCUGCCUAUCAAAAGAAACCUCAUGUGCGUCAACUUAAUACCCGUCAAGCUUUGUCCUGUCCCUCCUCUCUUCCACACAAUCAGUCUCACCAAGGGCCCUGACCCAAAACGUCACCUGUCCAUGUUCAGAGAUGUGUGACCCACUGAGUUACUCCAUCACAUUGUGUUGUCUCUUGAUACUAUAUCUUGUCAUUUGCCUUGAGAAUGCAAUGGACACAGUGAAAAGAAUGAAGCCCUCAUGAGACCCAGGGGUUUGGAUAAGUGUUUGAAUAUUCUGAGUGGAGGAAUUGUGGGAUUGCUGUGGAUUAACUGAUGGAAGUUGAUUCGCAGCUCCUCUCAUCAUUGUAUUAUUUGACUACCAGGACGAUUGAAGCAGAAUUGUCUUUUUUUGUUAAUUAAUUCCUAUGAAAGGCUCCAGAGAAGCAGUGUGUUUUUAGUGAAAAGAAUAAUAAUAGAAUCUAAUCCUCCAGUAAAAGCUACCAGGAUGUUUUGAAAGUGGUGGUGUGUCACAUUGAACUACAUGAAAAUUCCUGACCUCUCCCCUUUUACACCAGGCUAGGUGGGUGUACUUUGAACUUACUGCUCAUUUUGGUAACUAAAUUCCUGCUGAAUAUCAAAAGCAUGAUUUGGUCUGAUGGCGGUGAGAUUGGAGGCUUGUUAUCUGCUGCUCGUUCAGAGGCUUUUUCUAGGCUCUGCAGCAGAGAGGUAAUUGGUUGGUUUGCUUGCUUGCUGAUACUAAACUCAAAUUAUUGUUUUUCCCCUUUCUACUGGGUGGGACAGCUGUACAUUUUCUGUGCGUGCAAGAAUAAAGUUUUGUGAAUUAACUGUAUCCUGUGUAUAAAAAAAAGUUUAAAGGCUUUGAGUCUUAAUAAAAAGAUAAGUGAUUGGAAUGUUUAAAGCA